GAAUAAAGAUAGAAAAAAAGUCGGAGAGAACAAAAAAGAUGAAUAUAAUACAUGUUCCAAUCCAUUUUUACAUAAAGAAGAUAUAAAACCUUUUGAUAUAAGUAAUAUGGAAUAUGAUAACACUGGGUCCGAAAUUGAGGAAGAAACAAAAUUACAACAGAAAAAAAUACAACAAGCUUCUUUCAACUUAUUGCUGAAGAAAAGAAUUAAACAAAUGAAUAAACAAAAGGAAAACAUUCAAGACAAGGAGGAUGAGAGCUAUACGUUUCAAGAUGAAAUUGGUGAUUUCGGAAAAAGCUGGUACGAAGAAAAAUUAGUUAAUGAUAUACCAAGAAAAUUGACAAUUUUUUAA